UGGUCCAAUACCUGAGCGGAUAGUGUACGUCAUAGAAGACAUAUAAGCGAGGAUAAACUGGCAAAUAUUAUUGUAGCAGAAGUUGAUAAAGGAAAACAUUGACAAAUCACUGAUCAUUUGCAUAAAUAAUAUAAGAGCGGAAUUAAAUAAUCAAGUACCUUAUGGAUAAGAAAGGUACCGUCAAUUUUAAUUAGGAGUGUGGUUUGUUAAGAUUUAUUUCGUCGAUCAAUUGAAACUGUUCGACCUUUAGAACGAGUUGACUUUAUUUUAUUUCAAAACUAGAUGGGAACAAAUAUUAAUUAAAAUAAAGGUAAAUAUUAUUAGAAGUAUUUAUCAAGCAAUGACCUUGUAUUUUCGUGGCGGUCGAAUCUGACAUCUAGACCGGUUAGUGGAAAAGAAAGGAGAAAUACUAGGAUCAACUCUUUUAGUCGCUGGACUUCACGCGUGCUUUAUCAAUAAAUCAGGGAAUAACAAAAUGAACAUAGAGUGAAUGUAACAUUUGAUUUACAGACACUAAACAGUGUUGCUGUCGGUGUUACUAAUUGUGAAGAAUAGCACGGUUUUCGUAAAGUCAUAACCGCACACGCUCGACACACUGACAUUGUUCUUUAUGGUGGAUAUAAGCCUUUACUCUUUAACGUACGCAUACGGAUAAUGAGCACCUAGUGAAAUCAUAUAUCGAAGACGGCGACGCAAGUUUAGCUAAAACGAACUCUCGAACAGUGGUAAAGCGACUAGCCGGUAGUGGACAAUGCUGCGCACCCGGACCGCACAGACGGACGACGCGCUGUUUCGAUGGGCAAGAACGGAAAUGAAAAGGGAACUAGUGAUGUCACAGUCCACAUACGCUAAAAUAGCCGGGAUCCAGAGCGAAAUAGGGCGCGUUGUGAUCACGCGCGUUGCCGGAAGUGAGCUAGAGUACAAACGCACUUUGAACAUGUACCGAAAAGAUGCCGCAUGUGCAGUAAACAACAUCCGUCGUGAACAGAUAAAGAUGCGCAUGAAGUUGGCUCGGUAUGUUCGCAAACUAAAGCAGACGAGAAUAGAGCAUAUAAAACUGAUUCGAGAUCAAAGGAAACACGACGAGGACAGAGCUCUUUUGGAGGCGCUUCAUCUGAGACUGAAAUUCGAAGCGGCGGCUAAAACACCGGAACCGGAAGACAAAAUCCCGACGAUAUUGUCCAAUGAUGAUUUCAGUCGACCGGACGAUCACGACAUCGCGGAAGAUACGCUUAGCCAGCUUUCGGAUACUCACAUGGAUUUUAAGGGUGGACCGAUUUACCUGCAGACGACCGCUCACGGUUCAGUGGAAGAUUUGAUUAGGGAAGCAGACGACCAGCUCGAAGAUGUUCACUUCAAAAAAUCAAAACAUGGCAACCAGAAAAACAGGAAACCAAGCGUAGUGUUCGCGCCAAUAUUGCCCAUGAUAAACGAAGACGAAAAAGAAGUAGACGAGAUUCUUGAAGAAAGUGAAAAGCAAACGGUCUCACAGGGGGUUCCGGAUCGUUUCGAACUUAAGGUUUGGGAUGAUUCGAUGUCGGUUUCCUCCUACGGUGGUAGAAUAAAGCGCAAAAAUGACGUUUCAUUUUCGGAUAUUAUAAAACUGAAGUACAGUGGCGUGAAAAAUCUGUUCGAUCUCGUCCAUAAGCUCGCGAGGAAGCACGGGAUACAGGAUGUGGUGGAGAAGGUUCCCGAUCCUCGAGACAACAUCGUGCAUAGAGGCGCUACCAACGACUCGUUCCGCCUGCAGGCGGCAGUGUUAUACCCAAUGAAGUACGGGUAUGGCGCGGAGGAAGACGCCGAGACGUCUGAUCGCCGGAUAUCCGUCAGCAAGUCGCCGGCGGUGUCGAGCAUUCAGGAGCAAGACAGGGCGAGUGAAAACGGAAAGGACGGCGUUGAUUAUGAUCUGAAAGCGGCGCGUCUGAGAAGAACGUCCGUGGAAAGCAGACGGUCUUUAUACCUGUCUGGUAAGCAUUCGCUAUCUGUGGACUCGGAAAACCCGGAGAGUUUGUCGGAUACUUCGCGUACCGGAAGUCCUAGAAAGUUGAAAUCAAGAGACUUAAGCAUGCCGGAACUCGUUGACAAAAUGUCGAGGAUAAAGAUUGAGCAAGCGGACCGCCUCUCCGGCAGUCGACGCCUCGAGAACGAAAUGAUCUCAAAUUAUAACUAUUUGACCCCGUCAUACAAACCGUCUUCCUCGAAGUCGUCUCGGUCACUUCCGGCGCUCAAAAGGGAUUCUGAGAAAGAAAACGAUCGAAACGUUUCCUGGACACAGGCAUUCGGACUACUUCGGGCUAUACACAGUCUUGAAGAUAUUUCGUAGACUGUAAAGACAUUCGUGGUUACAACUCGAAUGUGGUAUUGGUGGUCAUUUUUCCGGCCAACAAAACAUUUUUUGUUUAAGAGCCGGUUUUUUUAUGAUGCAUCUCACGUUAAGGGAUAUAAUAAAUACCUGUAUUAUUUAGGGUAAGAACGUUUUAUAUGUAAAUUCUUUGUUUAACGAAUUUCAACAAUUAUUUGUCUAGUAUUAUUGUUAUCAAUUAAGAAUAAGGCAUGUUCUGUUUUAAAACUGAUGCUAUAAAAAUAUAUUGAGUCUAGACUAUUUUUGUUUCAACUUACAUAUUCUCCCGCUAUAAUCAUCAUCAUAAACAACACUAAAAAGAACAACAACAAGACCCACAAAACAUAAUAUUUUAAUUAAACGCCUACAUGAAUAUAUAAAGCGUAAGCAAAAACAAGCGUUAUCAUAUAGAACAUUUUCAGGAUUUGUAUUUAUACAAUGUUGUUUCUGGAUUUUAUUUAUUUCAAGACAAUAAUAAAUGGUAUGAAACUGA